AAAAGGCCAUCCAGAGGGUGGUGGGAUGCUCAAGAGGGAGGUACUCCAUUCUCUUCUCCCAGCAACCUCAGACUGAGACCUUGGAGUUAUUUCCACAGGGAACCACAGCCAACAACUUCUGUCAUUAGCCCAGCCCUCAGGCGGGAGGGCAGAGCAGGGGAGGAGUAAGCUGUUUUUUUGGGGAUCCUGAGAGUAGAGCGGACCUCCUGGGCAAGGAAGGCACUGGGUGUGAAGUAUGAAGUCUUGAGGGUUCCUCUGGCUCCGCCUCACAAUGGUAACAUGACACCUAGAUCUCCAGGGCAACCAACAACAAAAAAGCCGAAGCUGGACAGCAGUUGGCUGUCUGCAGCCAAGAGCUCGCUCUAAGAAGUGCCUAAGCCGCGGGCAGGAAAGCAGUAGCACGGGCAGGAAAGCAGCAGCGCUGGUGAAGCCAUCAGAGGUGGUGGCAAAGGACUGAGAGGAAGCACACAACGGCUCUCCUCUUCUUGGCUCCCCAAUAUCUGAGCUCCCAGAACACAGGAGCCCUAGCAACAUGGCAGUCACAGACUUUGUGGAGGAGAUUCGCUCUGUGGGUAAGAGGCUGCUGCUGAAGCUGCAAGGACUGCCCCAGGCUGAGCCCGUGGAGCUGGUGGCCUUCUCUAUCAUCGUUCUUUUCACAGCUACGGUCCUGCUGCUGCUGAUGUUGGCCUGUAGCUGCUGCUGUGUGCGCUGCUGCUGCCCCGACAGGAGAAGCAGGAAGAUCCUUGUGCAACCCGUAAAACCCAGAUGAGGGACAGUAGUGUGAUGACCCAAGAGAAGCUGGACAGGAGCCUUCCCGAACCGUGACACAGACUAUCAUCCUGGCUACUUCUGGCACUGCCCAGGUGACAGACAGGGUAGACAUCUGGAGCCUUAUCAAGGAAACAAGUGUUGCUCAACUUGCCAAUGGACACCAGCGCUUAGAGGAGUCAACUGUUUCAAAGGCCCAGGAAACCCCUGAGGGCUUCUGCUGUACUUUUGAGGAGCCCCAUAUUUUGAACAGCUCAUGGAUAUGGGGAGGCAGGCCCUGGGCUCUGCUGAUUUAUGCCAAAGAGAAGUAAACUGAUCAGGGACUUUGUGCAAUUUACUAAACUCCAAGCCUCUGUCUGAAGGGGUGGGAACAGGUCAGUAUUCUAGCUGAAAUUUGCUUACUUCCAAGUAAAGCUUUUUUGGUUACGUGCUUA